AUGGCUGAUUUAGGAGAAAGCAGCAAAAGUCGAGUUGUCUUCGUGAAGACAAGUAUUGAUACUCGUCUUGGACUUCUCCUUGACAGUGAUGAUAGUGUAUCUGCUUUCAAAGACAAAAUCUGCAAGGAACAUGAACAGUGUUUCCCAAGUGUUGGAAAAAUUACAAUUUCUUCUGCCUUGAAGGUUAACUUGGGUGGUAACGAUUACCACUUGCCUGAUUCUAUGAUAUUGAAAAAGGCUCUUCAAGGCAUCAGUAACAACAACUGGUUUCUAUCUGUCGACGUCAUUGAAGUAGUUGAGAAGAAAACGAGGAAGAGAAAACCAAAGAGUUCUGGCAAAAGUAGUAAGAAACCCUCCGUAGAGACACCAACAGAAGCUAAAGAUGUUGAAAGCGGUGAGGGAAAUGUCACUAUAAUGGGAGAGAAUCAGCAUGCAUACCAAGAGGAGCUAGUAGAUGGUCAUGCCAAUGAUGUUGAGGCCAAUCUUGAUCUUAUGGGGACAAUGGAACAAGGUAAACUUUAGUUUAUAUCAAUUGUUGAAUUAUGUGAUCCUUUAUCUUAGGGUGUUAUAGAGCUGUAGUUUCUUUGUUGAAUAGAUCUUCAAAAGGAUGUAGCAAAUGCUGAUUUAGUCAUGAUUGACGAAGACAAGGAUCUUGAGAAAGAUAAUCUUUUAACUGAAUUAUACCAAACUUCUGAUGAUGCUGAGAACGAAGGUCUCAUAGAUCCUGUUAAUGCUACUUGUCAAGCAAUUGAAAACUACGGUAAUUUCAGUUCUAUGUUGAAUAUACUUUUUUUCUUCUCUAUAAUCAUAUGUAACUUUUUUUUUGUAUUGAUUUGUAAAUAAUUGCUGAAUUUUGUGUAGAAACUGGGAUGGGUACAAAGGAAGAAGAUGGUGAUGAGGAGGCUAAAUCUGAGAAGCCUAAGAAGAAAAAAAGAGCAAGGAAAGACAAGAAUCUGGCUAAAGAAGAUGGUCUAGUUGCUUCUAGCUCAAGGAACGCAGAGGAGGAUGUUGAAAAAGCUGCGAGGAAGUCAAAGAAGAAAUCGAAGAAACAAGAGUCUUCGAACGUUGUGGAGGAGGAUGCUUAAGGAUUUUCUGCUAUGACUUAUCAGGAUCAUUGAUCGCUUCUUAUUCUGCUAUUUAUCUCUUCUUUUUUGAACUUUUCGUUUUGUCUUGGCUUCUUUUAAACAUUGAUGUUUCCAGGUUUAAGCAACUUUUUUAUCCUAUCUUUUAUUUUGAUCUUAUUUUCAAGUAUGAUUUUAUAUAGGAUUUAUAACCUCUUCUAAACAUUCCAUUCCACCAUCUGCAUACUACGCAAUCAACCAUAGUAAACAUAAUUUUGUAGAAAUUAAGCCUAUUUAUCUUUAUGAAAAAACUAGAGAUUAAUUAUCUUGAGAAAUAAUAUGUGAUGAAUGUGUUUUAUGGAUUAAUUUCCUCUUCCUUUUGAGGGUAACGUUGGGCCUGAGUGGAGUGUUA